AUGGGCGACGGUAAUCACUUGCCAUCAGGUGAUCCGUCUCAAGGGGAUGACCCUCCCUUUUUGCCUGUUGGCACUGAUGUCAGUGCUAAAUACAAAGGAGCAUUUUGUGAAGCUAAGAUCAAAAAAGUAGUACGAAAUAUAAAAUGUAAGGUCACACCAAAAGCAGGAGGUGGUUCCAUUACUGUAAAUGAUGAUGUUAUCAAAGGUACCCUAAGGGUAGGAAGCACAGUUGAAGUGAAACAAGACCCCAAGAAAGAUGUAAUGGAAGCCAUCAUCACCAAGAUUCAAGACUGCAGCCAGUAUACUGUUGUGUUUGAUGAUGGAGAUAUAACAACACUCCGGAGAUCAGCACUGUGUCUGAAAAGUGGCAGACACUUUAAUGAAAGUGAAACAUUAGAUCAGUUGCCUCUCACACACCCAGAACAUUUCUCUACGCCUGUUAUUGCAGGACGCCGAGGGCGAAGAGGAAGAGCACAGUCGGAUGAAAGUGAAGGCGAAGGCCCCACUCGUCGCGUAAAAGAGAACAGUGCAGAGAGAGAGCCGCACGUCGGCCGCGUAGUGUUAGUUGAAGCGGCCAGUGGUGCUGAGAGAAGGAGGCCGCAUCAACCGGCGUUCCCUGCUCUAGUCGUGGCGCCCACUGCCCAGAUUAAAGUCAAGGAAGAUUAUUUGGUGCGCUCUUUCAAGGACGGAAGAUAUUACACAGUACCUAAGAAAGAAGCACGGGAAUUCCGCAAAGGCAGUGCGCCGUUGGAAUGGGCUGGUGUGGAAGCAGCCUUACAAUACCUCAAUAAUGGGGUACUGCCGCCACAUUGGGAUCGAGAUGCUCUGUUUAAUGAACCAAGAAAUACUUCUGAUGACAGUUCAGAUGAUGAGCCACGAGAAGAGAAAGAUCAUUUCGUAGCGCAGUUAUACAAGUUCAUGGAUGACCGUGGAACUCCACUCAACAGAAAUCCAACUAUUGCGAACAGGGACAUAGAUUUGUAUAGACUAUUCAGAGUAGUACAAAAACUCGGAGGCUACAAUAGGGUUACUAAUCAAAAUCAAUGGAAGACCAUCGCCGGCAAGAUGGGAUUCCAUCCAGUCACUACAAGUAUUACUAAUCUUUGCAAGCAAGCAUACAAAAAGUUCCUGCACAGUUUCGAGGACUUCUACCGCAAGUUGGGCGUGACCCUGGUGGCCCACCCGCGCGGCGCCCGCACCCCGCCCGCCGGUAGGUCCCUCAUACGGGACAGGGACAAACAACCGCCCACCUCCUCGUCCGCAUCAUCCACACCCACUGGCACGCCCACGCAGCGUGGAAAGGACAAGGACUCUGAUAAAAGUGAAACUGACAAGAGUGAGAAGAGUGAAAAAGAAGACAAAGUGGAGAAACCUGAAAAGCAAAAGGAGAAGCAGCGUGCUAGUGACGGCGAGGAUAGCGCUGACAACCAACCGCUUAUAGUCACCACAACGGUUGCUCCAAAAGUUGAAAAGGAGAAGGAAAAAGAAAAGGAGGUGGUGGAGAAAGAGAAGGAAAAAGAAAAAGAGACUGAAAUUCCGAAGGAGAAGGAGAAAGAUAAGGAAGUAGAAAAGGAAAAGGAGAAAGAGAAAGAAAAGGAAAAAGAAAAAGAGAAACCUUUGUCACCCAACGAAGAGAAGAGUGCGAUAAAACCGCGCUCUCAAUCAAAAACGCGUUCUAUGCCGCCCAUUAAACUAGAGUCUCGGGAUAAACGGACCCCAAAGAGAAGGCCAUUGUCAUCCAAGAGCGAGAGCGCUACUUCUAAUACAUCUCGUGCAUCACGUCGCCCGCACGCUUCCACCGAUAGCGACAGUUCUGGACGUGCGUCCAGAUGCGGGCUAACGAAGAAGUUGCAAAGUCGCCGCAGUCAAAGUGCGAACUCUGCGAGUAGCGGUAAUACUAUCGCCUCCAACAGUAGCAAGCGUCCGCGCAAGAGGAAGACCACCGAACCAUCCACAAGUGAACCUACACGUUCUUCAGGAGCAAACGUGAAGGCGCAAGUUGGCGAUAAAUUAAAAGUUUAUUAUGGGCCGACGCAGUCUGAGUCAAAGGUGACGUACGAAGCGAAGGUGAUAGAGGUAUCGGCGGAGGGCUUGCUUAGAGUUCACUAUACCGGGUGGAAUAACCGCUACGACGAGUGGAUAAAACCUCAGCGUAUCGCACUUAAUGUCACGCAACACGAGGCACGCAAUAAAAAGAAUACGAGUAAUAGUCGCCGCGUCAGACCUAAACGGACUGAAGAAUCUUCAGCUCGGUCCGAUUCUGAUAGCGAUUCCGACAGCGAUGAAAGUGUUAAGAGGCCUCCGAAAAAACUGGAUGAUAAAAGUAAAUCCAAAACUCCGACUAGAUCGAAAGACGCAAAGUCCAGCGACAGUAGCAGCUCGAGCAAACCUCGCAAGAGGCCUGUAAGAAAUAUUUCGACUCCUACUAACGUGACACCUGCGAAGAAAAUGCGCCCGUCUCCGUCUGGUGUGCACCAAGGUCGCGAUUACGAUCUUAAUGAAAUCAGAUCGGAAUUAAAAGGAUUACACACGGUCAAGCAAGAACCAGAUGAACCAAAACAGGAGGCCCAAGAUGCAGAGAUCAUGCCCCCGUCUCAAGUAUCAGCUCCCCCACCGGAACCUCCUCAACCCGACAAGCAACCUGAAGAUGUUUAUGAAUUCAAGGAGCCGGAACCUUUUGAAUUGGAACUGCAUGAUGAAAAAAAGAAACGAACACAUAGAAUUUUUGAUGAUAUUUCUCCAAGUAAAUACACUUCCACUCUAUCCAAAUCAUUGAGUGAAGAGAUAUCAGAGGAUCCGUUAAGGCCACGUCCUUCGACGGUUAGGUCCCCUUCAUUAUCGCCGUUUAGGGAUUUUGGUACUACUCGAGAUGUUCCUGGACAACAGAGUCCAGAAGACGAUUCAAAGGAUGGAUUAUUCUCGUUAGACGAUGAUUCCUUCCCUGGCGAAGGGAGUUCUGGACCUAUUUUCGAAGGAUUUACUCCGGCAAAAAAUCAAGAGACCUAUUCUAAAAAGAGCAAAGUAUCUAAAUUGAGAGAGUUAAUAGACGAUUCCCCUGACAGUCCCGCUGACGACGAACAAUCAUCAGAAGAUGAAUCCGAAGAUAUUACCAUGAAAGAUGAAGACGACGAAAGUAAGUCUAGUUCACUCGCACCGAUGGUAGAUCUUCCCAAGUCACCACAACCAGAAGUGCAACAAGAGGAAAUGAUAGUUGAGCCAGUACCAGAUAAUCCAGAAGAUAAAACAGUCGAAGAGAUAAAAGAAGAAGCAAAACUAACUUUACCUGAACCGCCUAAAACUCCGCCACCUAAGAAAAUAGAACUUCCAAACACAACUAUUACACCCAUUGUUUGCAUUGACACAGUGGCAGAGAUAAAGCCUGAACCAUCAAAUGUGGUACCGCCAUUAGAUGAACCCCCAAAACUUCUUUCAAUUCCAUUGCCUCCAACAGAGCCAAACGUAAACAUUCUCAAAGUAAUUAUUGAAAAAAUAGAGCCCACGCCGGAUCCAGAACCAAGUGUAUGUUCAAAACUGGAGCCACCGUCCAGUCCACUCAUCGACACAGAAGAAGAUAAGUCAGAACCAGAUAGUCCGGCUAGAAUCGACGUCUUGCCUGAACCCCCACCAGGGUUCCGGUUACAAUCGGAAGGACCUAAAAUAGCAGAGAAGCUGCUCAAAGCUAUCAAUAGCGCCAAGAGACUUUCAAUGUCCCCACCACCUGUGGAAGAUCGUCCUCUUACACCCAAAAAAGAUGUACUUAAACCCAAUAAUCCAGAAGGAAAAGUAUCUCCCAUUGACGCUGAAAUCAAAACAACCGUAACCAAAGUGGAACCUAUUAAAGCUCCGAUCAAAAUAAAUGAACCAAUCAAGAAGUUCGGUGGAACGGAUUUGGGUGAAUCGAUAUUUGGCGAGCCGUCGAAUAUCACGGAUGUCAAACGUGACUUGACAGAUAUAAAGAAAGUGAAACCAAAGGAUCCCUCGCCUCCGAGAUUACAAAGUCCGUUAAGUAUAUUGGAGCGGCGGAAGAGCGUCUGCGAUUUACCUCUCAGCAAUCCUGGGAAGAAUAAUAAAGUGCUAAGCGAUACAAUACAGAAGCUUUCGAGUCAGAUCAACCAGUCUGCAGCGACGGUGGCGGCCACUAUACCCUUGCCACCGUUCCCGCACGAGGACAGGAGUGAAUCUAGCGAUUCUGAUGAUUCCGACAGAAGGUUGAUAAUUGACAAGCUGUCAGUAGAAGAGUGGGGUAGUGGCGGCAGCUCAGAGGCAUCUCGCAGUAACGCAGCAGUAACGGGUGUUAGUACCGUGGCGAGUGUAGCGUUACACAGUGCUCGUGCACUCCACGCGGGCAAGUCGCCCGGCGAGUGGAGCGCGGGCGAGUCGCUGCUCAUGCUGGAGGACGCGUGCAAGAACGAGAGGAAGCACAGCGCCAGCGUGGUGGUGGCGGGCAGCGGGCGCGUGGGGGCCGGCACUAGUGGGGCCGCGUGCGCGGGGGGCGCGGGCGCGGCGGGGGUGGCGGCGGGCGGGGGGGCGCCCGUGUCCGCGGCGGAGGAGGACAGCAACAUAUCGCUGUUGCUGUGCGAGGAGACCAUACCCGGUUCGCCCGCACCGGACAGCGAGCCGGCGCCGCCGCGGCAACGGUUGCACAUGCCGUUUGCGUGCGCGCCCCCUCAUCAUACCCACACGAAAGAGGAUAGACGUGGGGACGGUGCGUCGGGCUCGCGGGCGGGCAGUGUCGCGGGUACUGGCACGGGGGGCGCGGAGGAGGGCGGAGGGGCAGGCGGAGCGGGGGCGGGGGCCGGCUGGACGCGCCGCCACGCGCUUUUGGACAACACGCCGCCUACCACGCCUGACAGCAGCCUCGAUAUGUCACCACCACAUAGGGAACGUCGAAUAUCAGAACGCGAUAGUCCAUCAGAACGGAAAGAAGACGAAGACGAAGGGCGUCCUAACAAUAUUUCUCCACAUGAAAUUGAUAAAGCACAAGGGUCUCGGUCACGUAAAGCGUCCGAGAGUUCAGCGUGCACGGUGGGCGGGGGUGGGGGUGGGGGCGCGGGGCGGGGGCGCGCUCGACGUGCACGCCGCGACACAGACGAGCACUCACUCGCCGCACACCAACCCUCGCACAACAAGUACAACUUCUAUGUCGAACUGGAUCCGUCGUGGGACUGUCCUACGCGUAUCAACGUGUUAACGUCGCGCUUGGCUGAUCUGCGAAAGACUUACCACUCUGUGAAGGCAGAGCUUGCUGCGAUCGACCGUCGUCGCAAGAAGCUGCGCCGGAAGGAGAGAGAAGCUGUGAAAGCUGCAAAAGCGGCUUGCUCAUGA